GCGUCAUGUGACUUUCGCUUCCUGGCCGACGUGUCUCACCGAGUUGUUUAGUUUCUUGGUUCUAAAUUGCGUUGUCCAGAAAACUACGUACUGUUAAGAUUUCAAAGUAGAAAACAAGUAACUUUUUUCUGGGUGGUAUAUAUUGGCACCGGAUACUUCACAGAGAAUGGAAAACCUUUCUUUUGUGAUUCCUAUGACGGUAAUGACACUGUUUUGGGCAGUAGUUGGUGGAGUUAUACCGUGGUUUAUUCCCAAAGGACCGAACAAGGGGGUCAUUGUGACUAUGCUGGUCUUAACGGCGGUUUGCUGUUACCUGUUUUGGUUGAUUGCUAUCCUGGCCCAGCUGAACCCCCUAUUUGGACCAUCACUGACCAAUGACACCAUUUGGUACCUCUAUUACCACUGGCCAUGAGGAAUGCGGCAGUCUCCUUUAGCAGAAGGUGCUUUGUUCCUCACUAGACUGUUCUUGUGACCUUUACAAAAGGAACUUCCUCUUUAAGUAUGAUGCAUUGGCUAAUGAGUGACCUUAAGUGGCAGUCUGAGCGUGCAUCGUACACCUGCGGUGGCAGUUUCUAUUUCAGCACAACAAACUACGAAUGCUAAUCAGUAAAUGUCAUUUCUGCUCGUUUGUGUAAUUUCUGUGCUUUAACGACUUAUUGUUCGAUCGGUAUGCUUGAGGAUUUUUUUCUUGUUCUCUUUAUGAAUCCAAGGUAGGAUCAACUGCUUCUUGAUAGAAUACACAUUUAUUUAUUAUUCAUAUUGUCGUGUUUCUUUAUAAUUUAACUGCUAGCAUCUUUUGUGGUGGAAUUUCUGCGGUCAGAGACAUUAAACCUUUGAUGACAAAAGGUUGCGUUGCUUAAAAUGUUCAUUUUAGUCCUUUUAUGCUGUCCUUUUGUUAAUGUAUAAAACAUUUCAAAUCAUAAAAUGUAAUGCAGUUAAGGGAUGUUCCUGUUCACAAUAACCCUGUGUUAAGUGAUUAUUAAAGAUAACAUUUAGAAAUAAAAGGUGAAAGUGUGACCUGUCACUUUCUCUUGUAUCUGUUUGAGAGAAACAGCUUUACUUCUGCAGCUAGAAACAACUGAAAUAUAAUCAAGUUGUGCCAGGCGACUAAUCUCUUCAUCUGCAGAUGACUUGUGUGCUUUCACCUGUAGAUCAGUGCCUUGGAUAGACAUUAAAUCAAUAACAGACACCGAGUGCAGAUGAAGUGAAUUCACAAUAUUUCCUCGGUGAUUACUGAAGUUUUUUGCAGAAUACAUGUAUGUUGUAAUCUGCCCAGCUGUGGUUGUAUGGCUACUUUUAAUAAAGCACACAUUUUUCAAGUA